GAGGGUGCGCGCUAGCGGGCCGUCACGUGACUGGGGCCUCUGCGCGGGCCUGCUCCGCGCAGCCCCCAGACCUGCCGCUGGAGUGCGGGCUGCGCAGACCCCGCCCACGACUUGCUGCUGCCUGCUGGAGGAGCCUCCCUUCCUUGGUUAGGAGACCCCCUGCCCUCUGGCUCACAAGAUGAGCCAGCUGAGGCUGCUGCCGUCCCGGCUUAGGGUGCAGGCCACGGGGCUCCUGGCCACACGGGGCAUCUCGGAGAGGAACUGGCGCAGCAGAUCCUCUGGGCCCCCAGCCGCCUUCCCCAGUGGCCUGGGCGGAGGCAGCUCCAGUUACAUGGAGGCGAUGUACUCGGCCUGGUUGGAAAACCCACAGAGUGUGCACAAGUCCUGGGACAGCUUCUUCCGGAAAGCCGGCGAGGAGGCCCCGCGUGCCGCCCCUGAGGGCAGGCCCGUGCCUUCCGGACGGACCACAACCAGCAAGUUGGUGGAGGACCACCUGGCCGUGCAGUCCCUCAUCCGGGCCUACCAGAUCCGGGGCCACCAUGUGGCUCAGCUGGACCCCCUGGGCAUUCUGGAUGCAGACCUGGACUCCUUCGUGCCCUCUGACUUGAUCACAACCAUCGAUAAAUUGGCCUUCUACGACCUGCGGGAGGCAGACCUGGACAAGGAGUUCCAACUGCCCACGACCACCUUCAUUGGGGGCUCUGAAAGCACACUGUCGCUGCGGGAGAUCAUCCGGCGGCUGGAGAGCACCUACUGCCAGCACAUCGGCUUGGAGUUUAUGUUCAUCAACGAUGUGGAGCAGUGCCAGUGGAUCCGGCAGAAGUUUGAGACCCCCGGAGUGAUGCAGUUCUCCAGCGAGGAGAAGCGGACCCUGUUGGCCCGGCUGGUGCGCUCCAUGAGGUUUGAAGACUUCCUGGCCCGGAAGUGGUCCUCAGAGAAGAGGUUUGGCCUGGAGGGCUGUGAAGUCAUGAUCCCCGCCCUCAAGACCAUCAUUGACAAAUCGAGUGAGAUGGGGAUCGAGAAUGUCAUCCUGGGCAUGCCACACAGGGGCAGGCUGAACGUGCUGGCCAAUGUGAUCCGAAAGGACCUGGAGCAAAUCUUCUGCCAGUUUGACCCCAAGCUGGAGGCUGCGGAUGAGGGCUCUGGGGACGUGAAGUACCACCUGGGCAUGUACCACGAGAGGAUCAACCGCGUCACUAACAGGAACAUCACCCUGUCCCUGGUGGCCAACCCCUCCCACCUGGAAGCCGUGGACCCUGUGGUUCAGGGGAAGACGAAGGCAGAGCAGUUCUACCGCGGGGACACCCAGGGCAGGAAGGUCAUGUCCAUCCUGGUGCACGGGGAUGCGGCCUUUGCUGGCCAGGGCGUAGUCUACGAGACCUUCCACCUGAGCGACCUGCCCUCCUACACCACCAAUGGCACCGUGCACGUCGUCGUCAACAACCAGAUUGGCUUCACCACAGAUCCCCGGAUGGCCCGCUCCUCACCAUACCCCACUGAUGUGGCCCGAGUGGUCAAUGCACCCAUCUUCCACGUGAAUGCCGAUGACCCUGAGGCUGUGAUCUAUGUCUGCAGCGUGGCAGCUGAGUGGAGGAACACCUUCAACAAGGAUGUCGUCGUGGACCUGGUCUGUUACCGUCGGCGUGGCCACAACGAGAUGGAUGAGCCCAUGUUCACGCAGCCACUCAUGUACAAGCAGAUCCACAGGCAGGUGCCUGUGCUGAAGAAAUACGCCGACAAGCUCAUCGCCGAGGGCACCGUCACCCUGCAGGAGUUCGAGGAAGAAAUCGCCAAAUAUGACCGGAUCUGCGAGGAGGCAUACGGCAGGUCCAAGGACAAGAAGAUCCUGCACAUAAAGCACUGGCUGGACUCCCCCUGGCCUGGCUUCUUCAAUGUGGAUGGGGAACCCAAGAGCAUGACCUGCCCCACCACAGGCAUCCCUGAGGACGUGCUGACCCACAUUGGCACCGUGGCCAGCUCUGUGCCCCUGGAGGACUUUAAGAUCCACACGGGCCUGUCCCGCAUCCUGCACGGCCGGGCAGACAUGACUCGGAAGCGGAUGGUGGACUGGGCACUGGCCGAGUACAUGGCCUUUGGCUCCCUGCUGAAGGAGGGCAUCCACGUUCGGCUCAGUGGGCAGGACGUGGAGCGGGGCACAUUCAGCCACCGGCACCACGUUCUCCACGACCAGGAAGUUGACCGGAGGACAUGUGUCCCCAUGAACUACCUCUGGCCCGACCAGGCCCCCUACACCGUGUGCAACAGCUCCCUGUCAGAGUACGGCGUCCUGGGCUUUGAGCUGGGCUACGCCAUGGCCAGCCCCAAUGCCCUAGUCCUCUGGGAGGCUCAGUUUGGCGACUUCCACAACACAGCCCAGUGCAUCAUCGACCAGUUCAUCAGCACAGGCCAGGCCAAGUGGGUGCGGCACAACGGCAUCGUGCUGCUGCUGCCCCACGGCAUGGAGGGCAUGGGCCCGGAGCACUCGUCAGCACGGCCCGAGCGAUUCCUGCAGAUGAGCAAUGACGACUCGGACGCCUACCCUGUCUUCACCGAGGACUUCGAGGUGAGCCAGCUCUAUGACUGCAACUGGAUUGUAGUGAACUGCUCCACACCAGCCAGCUACUUCCACGUGCUGCGCCGGCAGAUCUUGCUGCCCUUCCGCAAGCCACUGAUCAUCUUCACACCCAAGUCCCUGCUGAGGCAUCCGGAGGCCAAGUCCAGCUUUGACCAGAUGGUGUCUGGGACCAGCUUCCAGCGGGUGAUCCCAGAGGACGGGAAGGCAGCACAGGCUCCGGGGCAGGUGCGCCGCCUCAUCUUCUGCACAGGAAAGGUGUACUAUGACCUGGUGAAGGAGCGAAGCAGCCAGGGCCUGGACGGGCAGGUGGCCCUCACACGCCUGGAGCAGAUCUCCCCAUUCCCCUUUGACCUGAUCAAGCGAGAGGCAGAGCGGUUCCCAGGCGCCGAGCUGGUGUGGUGUCAGGAGGAGCACAAGAACAUGGGCUACUAUGACUACAUCAGCCCACGCUUCAUGACCAUCCUUGGCCGAACCCGGCCCAUAUGGUACGUUGGCCGAGAGCCUGCAGCUGCACCAGCCACAGGCAACAGGAACGCUCACCUGGUGUCACUGAGGAAGUUUCUGGACACUGCCUUUGAUCUCCAGGCCUUCGAGGGAAAGACGUUUUAGAGUGGGCGAGGCUGGCCUGGUUCUUGAGCUGGGAGCUCAGGAGGCCCCAGGACAUGUCGCACCACUGGUCUCCGUAUCAGGCCGGCUUUGUCCUGUGUGUCUGUGUCACUGUCAGGACUGAGACAUCGGAAGGCUCUGAUGGGGAGGUACAGAUCCUGUGGCCCCCAGCACCUGGUCCCUUCUAGACGUGACAUGGGGCUUCUGUGUCUGUGAUGUUCGUGGCCCCCCGGAACCCUGUGCCGUUGCCCACUCCCGUACUGUCUGGCUUGGCUGCUGCUCACCCUAUGUGCGUUUAUCUGUUUACCAGGGGUAAGCUGUCCUGUGAGCUCUUAGAAGUAGGGCUGCAGUGCAGCCACUGUGCCCUUCUCAGACGUGUCCUGCGGGACAUGGCUCCGAGGUAACCAAAGUAAAAACUAAAUGCAGAGAAAUAAAAAAGAUGCUAAGAGAGA